AUGACAGUUCUGACUCCUCGUCUUUGGGUGUCACAGAUCCCAACUCUGGUCAUGACGUAUCACGAUCGGGGUUUGUUCACUGAUAUUCGGGUGCAGGACAUGCGAGAGCAAAUCACGCAAUGGGAGCGAGACAAGCAAGAGCUACUGGGACGGCUGGCGUGGAUUCUCCAUGAGCUUGUCCGUCGACUAAUUGGAGACGCUCCAGUGGCUUUGUCUCCUGGAUUAAAGGCCCGGUGGACGGAAGAAGACGACCUUGAGUCUUCGGGUCAUGAAAGCUUUCCCUCGCACGAUGACAGCUUUUCUGAUACACCAUUGGAGGCCCAUCUGCCAGAGCAUCGAUUCAGUCAUGAUUGGAAGGAUCAUAAGGACUAUACAGCGUCUUCUUCGGAAUAGCGUGGCAGCAGGUCGCCGAGUUGAGGUCCGC